CGCUGACGUUGGUUGAAAACAAUCACAUUUCCGGAAUCCAUCGGUGUGCUUAUAUUUAUUAUCGUAAACUCGUGUUAUUAUCUAAAAAAAACUACCAAAUAUCAUGUUGAUGAAAUUAUUUCUGCAUUUUAGUAUUACGGUUCAAUCAGCAAUACUUAGUUGUAAAAAAAUAUAUUUGUACUGACUUGUAACAAGGCUAGUAGUAAUAGCAUGAUAGUUGGUUAGCUAGCUAGCUAUUUUUCAUUAUCAAGCUGGAUUCAACACCGGGUUGGACAGACUUUGUGGAGUCUUGCGAUGUGACUGCUUCAGUAAAUAUAUAUUGCGCUCUUCUAUGCUAAACCGGCUAUGCUAUUUGGGUGCUAGUUAGCUAGCUAGCUUACGUAGCUGGAGCUACUGUCACUUAUAUUGUCCAGAGAGACAGAUCGGUGAUGUGUCGGUGAUGACAGUCAGCAUGGACAAGGCAUGUUUCUUACCACUUUUACUGAAUAAGAGGGCUUCCUGAAGAAUUUAGUUGUAGGAAUAUAUACACACUUAGUCCUGACUUAGCUCCUACACGGUCCGGUGCUCUGUGUGGAUCCCACUCGGGUAAAGACGAAUAGCAACACACGCAGUAUGUCGGAGACGCUUGUCCUCGCAUUCCAGACCCAACUCUCUGGAGUCAUGGAGACGGUCCUGAAGACAGCCAUGUACGAGAUCACCAGGCUGGUGGAGGACGGCUUCCUGGAGGAAGUGAGACGGGGUCACCAGGAAGUGGAGUCUCUACGGACCCUGCUGCAGCUGUCAGAGAACCAGCUGAAAGAUGGAGGCAGGAGAGCCAGGUGUGCUGACUGUGGCAGGACGGCGGUCCUCAAUGAGGGAACAAGUGACAGACCCCCAGCGACACAUAACAAUGCGCUGCCGCUGCUGACUGUGUGCGACCUGAAGCUGGAGGAGGAUCCCGAGGUCCGGUGGAGAAGCUGUGGACAGGCAACGGCGGAGUCGCCACCAGAAGUGCCGGAACCUCCCAGUCCCCCGGCUCCCGGCCCGCCGUCGGUGGACGGGGUCAAGAAGGAGGAGGAAGCGUCGGCGGAGCCGUGGAGAGCGAAGGAGAACGGGCAGCCCUUCGCGGCUCGUGUCUACGCAGAGGAGCGGCACGACUCCCUCGGCCCAGCCUCCGGAGACGACGUCGAGUUCUCCCCUGUGCACCCGGAGGCCACGGCGGUCGCCCAGACACACCGAUCGGCAGGAUCCUCACCCAGCCAGAUCGUCGACUGCGACCGACCGUCCAGAGCGUCUCCUGUCUGGAUAGACCGCAGGAUGUUAGACGCAGAUGCGGACAUCCACAGGUCGGCCCAGCCGAACCUGCCGGUGGUGAUAGACCCGUCGCCGUCCUCUGAACCGCCGGAGGCGAAGCAGCAAACUAGAGAGGUGGGCUACAAGGCCGUCAAAGAGGAGAUUAUUGUGGAUUCUGACUUGGGCGAGUACGAAGAGGAAGUGAAGGAGGACGACGCGGGAUUGGUGGUGGGGCGGUACAGGAUUAGACCUGAUAACUACAAUACCCAGAGGUCCCUGGGGCAGGAAGUGAUGAAGCUGCCUGGGUCUUACACCAAAGUGGACGCCGGGCUGGUGCCACAGCAGCCACAUCAAACGGUCAGGAAACACCCCCACGUACCUCCUGUUAACCUCGGCAGCUCGGCCGGGACCUCCGUCUCGGCUCCGUCCUCCUCGGCCGGCUGUCACGUCUUCAACAGUCUGAACUACAGGAUCCCCUCCAAAUAUAAACCCGGCCCUCAGUCCCUGCCGCGCAUGAGGGCAUACAGGGACGCGGCCAAGCGCGGCGGCUACAUCACGUACAACCGGGGCCCCGCCCACGGAGGGCUGAACCCCGCCCCCUCCCAGUCGGCGACCCAACAGCAAGGCGGCAACCACCAGCAGCAGCACCACCCGGCGAGGCUGGCCCUCCGUUGCCCGGUGUGCGGCAAGGUCUUCCCCCACCCCAGCAACCUGAAGGCCCACCAGCAGACACACACGGGCGAGAGGCCGUUCGUCUGCGCCCUGUGCGGCCGGAGCUUCACCAAGCUGAGCAACCUGAAGGCGCACCGGCGCGUCCACACCGGCGAGAGGCCGUACAGCUGUUCGGACUGCGGCAAGCGUUUCACGCAGAAGUGCAACCUCAAGCGGCACCAGAGGAUUCACAUGGAGAACGAUAUAUGACCCCGGGGGCGGACAUGGGCCGCCCGUGGUCGGGGAGUUUGUGUGUGGACGUGGGGAGGAGUGCGCGCGUGAGGUUAAUUUGACCCGUGUUAUUGCAUUUAGUAUUUUUCCUAUGCCAAUAGUGUUGAUGUUAAAUUAGACAUGACGUACACUAGGUAGGCUGUGUUUUAUCUCGAUUGUCUUGUCUACUGUUACAAUCACAAUGGGUUGCCGUUAUCAUCUGGACUUUAUGGUCUCAGUGGACCUUGUUCACUGAUAGGUUGCAAGCAUAUUAGAUAAGAGACCGUGGCCUCCCAAGGCAGAUUUAGGUAUCUGUUAUACUGAUUAUCCCAAAUUGCGUUGAAUAUGCAUACUCUUUUCAUUGGAACAUACAAAAUGGUACCGUGAAGGUCUAUAUUGCCUGUGUAAUGGAUAGAUAUUUUGGUAUGCUGGUUGGUAGUGGCGCAGUUGAUUGAAAUCAGUGGAGUUCUUUAUAAUAUUCUUAUUUAUUUUAUUGCCAUACCCUGUGAAAGUUACUGCCCCAUCUACUGUUCUACUGUGUAACGUCCCCUGAUAUUUUGAAUGAUCUCGACAAUUAUGAAAUUAAGGAGAAGGCUGUAACUUGAGGUCACAAUCAAAUUCAUGUUUGUUAAUUAAUUUACUUCUGCCAGAUUAUUCCAUUAUGUUUUUGGGCUGAUACAUUUUUCCAUUUAGUACAAAAUCACAACAUUUAAAUAAAUAGACAAAAGAUCAAAAACCCCUGCACAACUUCCUGGGAAACAACAUGUCACAUGAAAAAUUAUGUCAUAGUUGUAUUGUGAAUCGGGUUGACCCCAUUGACCAAGACUCACCAUUUAUUUUAUAGUUAAGUGCUCAGUUAAUUUUUUAUUUUCUUUAUUUAUUUAUUUUUGAAAAGUCUGAUUCAUUUUUCUGUAUUUCUUUUUUUCUUUUAACCUUUUUUUCUCUCCACUUUUACUAUAUCCAACUAGUGAUUAAGGCCCGGCUUCAUUGCAGGUAUUCCUUUCAAACUUUGAGCAGGCGUUUCGAUAUAUGCAUAUUCUAAACUAAAGCACACUUGAUGCCGUUCUAUUUUUUAUCAUGCUGCUCAAACCAAGAAGUUUAGACCGGAAUCCCUCUAAGCCAGAAGGAAUGCACUCUCCGGCCUUGCGCCUGUAUUAGUAGACUUGUUAAUUUCAGAGAAUGAGAGUUUGUCACAGUCUAUCACUCCAGGCUAGGUUCUCAAAAUAGGGUAUACAAUGCAAUUUUGCAUGUGUGACACUGAAUGGAAUACAUAAUUGAACAGUCUACCCAUCAAAAUAUAUUUUCUAUGUACUUCUUCAGAACCAAAAAGUUCUCAAAUAUCAACGCUUGAUGCAUUUGUUUUCAUUAUUUCAUUGGUCAGUGUGCUUUCAAAGCGGCAGACAAAGUCAGUCCUUGUAGUUGAUAUUGGUAGAACAGUUUAUUAUAUGGAAAAAGUUUACAAAGUGAUUAGUCAUAAGGACUGUUGUUGACAGCCCAAAUUGUGAAAUCAAAAUGUUGGUGUUGUUCCCACUGGAAUACAAGAAUAUCAUUUUAUUUUAUAGUUAGAUAGGGAGACUGAAUAAAUUAUUAUUUUUAAAUGCACUCCAGUAUUUUGAUCACAAACAAAUUCGUAACAUUUAGUUUUCUUAUAUUUAUUUUUAGUUUUGCCAACUAUAAUAUAUCAUACUAAAUAUCUGACUUGUAAAAAUUUAACAAAAGCCGUUUAGUCUUUAACUUAGCAUAGUUCAUUUGUUUUUGACACAACUUGAUGUAGGCCUACAAUUUGAUGGCCUUUUAAUUCUAAAUUAAAGCAAAUCGAAUGUCUUUCUGAGCUUUUAUAAUUCAUUUCAGUACAAUAAUCAAUACUAGGUAACAAUGUUUUGAAAUGUUUUUCCCUGGUAUAUCUGUGUGUGUUUUAAUUUGUGUUUGGUAUCCUGGAUUUAUAUUUAAAUCCAGCAUACAGGAGGCCCAUUUUUAAAGUCAAAGUUUCAUUUUUAAAUUUCAGUUGUUGAGUUUAGGCUGCCAGGGCCAGGCUUUCUAUCAAACAAAUUGCCAUUAAAUAUUUCUUGUUAGCAGUCUUAUAGCAUAAGCAUGCUAUUGAGAUAUCAUUGAGUCUACUAUGGACUAGAUCAAAUUUUCUCUUCCCAAAGUGUUUAGGGUGAUAAAAAAGGCUGUGCCAUGUGAAGAUGACAUCAGGUUGUUGAGGCCUCUGUCUGUUGCCCUGCUUGAGAAUUGGUCGGUUAGAAAUGGUUGCGCAACCACAAAACCGGUUUCUAUAACUCCAGUUGAAAUUAUCUAUAAAAAAAAAUCUCUUUCCUCUGAUCAUGGUCAGGAAGUGCUGGUGUGCACCUUGGUCUUUCAUGGAAUAAUUCCAUGUCUCCUUUGGAAAUUCCGCUGAAAAAAUAGGAAAAUAGUUUGUGGUGCUGUGCAUUUUGUGAAGUUGUUUUUGGUUAACAGGAAGCUUCCUUAGGUCAGAGGAUGUGUGUGAAAUUAACUAAUGAAAUUAACUAAUUACUUCCCCAGCACAACAGGUUUAAAAUUUAAAGGCAAUCUGCUUUUGCAAAAUAUAAGAUGUAAUUGAAACAAAUUUAACAAGAGAUUUAGGAGAAACAUAAAAAAAACAAUGUCAUUUUAUUUAGGAUGUUUUAUUUGUCUUUUUUUUACAGCAAUUCUUCUUUUUUUUUUUUACUGCAGCAGUCAUUGCUCUGCACCCUGUGACUGCACGUCACUGCACUGCAUAGAGAUGAAAA